CAAACCUAACGCCACUGCAUGAGCCACUGCCACCGGCGUAGCGCGUGCGUUGCUCUCUCUCUCUCUCUCUCUCUAGCUCUCUGACUCGCGAUCGGGACGGACCCUGUGCGUGCGACGCGCCCGAUUUAGAUUUUUUUUAAAUCAUAAAAAUAUUAACAAAAACAGUGACAGCGAGAAAAAAAAAUACGUAUCAUCGCGCGYGACUCGACAAAUGUGAUUGACUUUUGAUACUAUUUACUCUAUACUUUUGCACUAUUGAAAAUAUUAUAUUAUAGCYGUAGGUACCUAUUUACACGCGACCGAUUUACAGUCACUUACCGUGAAAAUAUAUUAUAUAUUAUUCGUCAAGCGUGUCUAGUCGCUGGUSAUCGACGUUACUGACCGAUACAUACGGUGGUGCAGGUUGGGAAGAGAGUACUGAAAUGCUGGUAACCCCGAUUGACGUCGUGGAUCAACCCAACGACGAAGAGCGGCGUCGUCAAUCGGAGAAGUUCGAAACCGGUGGUGGAGUCUGUGACAGCCUCGGUGGCGGCCUCGUUGACGAAGGCGGUGGCGGCGGCGGCGGUGGUGAUGGAGGUGGAGGUGGAAAGAAGCACCGUAAGAGGCGGAACCGCCGGAACCGUCAGCGACAACUACAGACCGAAGACAAUCACUUGGCCGAUGUCGAAUCUCUUACACCUCCUAUAGGAUGUGAGGAGUGCGGCCAAAUUACCAAUACGGCUAAGGUCAUUGAAGAAACUACCAAAGACCCAACAGGUGGUGCUGUUGCGGAGGCGGCAACAUCCUUAACGGUGGGUCAAGUAAUCGAAGGUGCUGGUAGUGCUAACGGCGCUAUCUCCACCGAGACCACCACAGAAAACGUUACUAUGGAAGUACAGAUCGACGACGAGAUAGAUGAAGAUGAUGGUGAACRGUAUUCAUCGUAUUCACUGUCAUCGGUGGAGGACGAAAACGUCAACGGCAGUGACGGUAACCGUCAAUCCACUGUAACAAAAGUGACAUGUGAAGAAGACGACAUUUACAAUGACUUAGAAACUCAGACCAAGGACCACAGUUGUAGUAGCGCUGUGAUAGAUUCUACAACUUCACCACCUCCGGACGUCAUAAUGCAUCACAAUCCCGAUGUCAUCAAGCGAAAAGGUUCGCGACGAAGCCGCCGCAAACGUCGUUCAUCCACCACCGCCACGGUGGUUAGUAAUCUAGAUGUCCACAUGACGCCUGUGGUUGGUACGGUAGGCGAAGAGGAACCAUUGGUACCAUCUUCGUCAUUGCCGGCAGAAAUUACUACGGCAAAUACCGUCGAUACCACUAUUACCAUCGUGCCAUUCAAUACAAAUAAUACCAAUAUUGAACAAAACGACGAUACCACUGCCCAAAUCGUUGACAGUAAUGUUGUAGAUACCGGUACGGCAGUGGUAGACAUUACCUUCGCCAAAGACAGCWGUGACCAGUCCACGGCGAAAAAUACACUGCAAACACAACAGCAGCAACAGGACACAUCAUCGAUUUCGGCCGCGGUACAGGAUAUGGUGGGGCCAAUGGUACACAUUGCAGCCACCGUAGCAGCUGUCCAGGAUGUUGAGAGUAGGUUAUUGGAAGACUUUGAGUGGAAGCUCAGCGAGGUGCACCGGCAGUGGAAACGCCGCCUGUCAGAGCACGAACGUAAGUUGGCCGACGAGAUGGCCAAGCGACAGCGUGAGCUGAACGAUGCCAUGGACCAGCGGGCAUUGGAGCUAGCAGAAGAAGCUAUGAAACGUGAACAGAAGAUGGCUGAGGAGAUGGUGGAACACGAGCGGCAUCUUAAGAGCGUAUUGACAAAACGGGAACGAGAUAUUGAGGAUCGGGCUGCGGCGGAGAUAGCCGAACGCAAACGAGAGUUUGAGACGAUGGCCAAGACUGAAGUGGACGCACGGAAACAAACGAUUAUGGCUGAGGCAGAGGCUAAGGUGGCCAAGCGAGAGAAGGAACUUAAGGCUGAGGCGGAGGAGGCGAUAGCGGUAGCAAAACGGGAGCGCCGACUGGCUGCGGUGGAGGCUUCAAAGCGUGAAAGGGACGCUGUGGCGGUGGCGUUGGCGGAGGCCGCGAAGCGAGAACAACAGUUAUUGGCGGACGCGGACAAACGGGAGCGAGACCUCAUUGCUGAGGCCGAUCGUCGACAAUGGGAUAUGGUCGAAAAAGAGGUGGCCAAGGCGGCCAAACGUGAACGCGAACUGCGGGCAGAAUGGGCGGCUCGGGAACGUCAACUGAUCGCGGAGUCUGAGGAACGUGAACAGCGCGCGGUGGAAGCAGCUGAAAGGCAGGUGCGCAGGCAAUGGCGGCAAUGGGAGCGGGACGCGUUGGCCGAAAACAGAAAAUUGCUAGAGGAACAACAGGAACGAGCCGAACGUGAGUUAACCACAGCUCGUACUGCGUGGGAACGGGACAGAACUGACCGAAUCGCCGCCCUGGAAACAAGAUGGACUCAGCGCAUGCAGGAUGCUGUUCAAGCUGAACGGGCUAGGGGAGAGGCGGCAGCGGAAGAGUUGCGACGUACUAGUCAAGAUGAACAGAAGCGAAUUGUGGCCGCUGCAACAGCGGAAGCUGCUGCCGAAGCUUGUCGAAAAGCUCGGGCUGAAGCAGACGCUGAGUUGGUCAAACUGCGGCGAGCUGUAGACACGACAGCGCUGUGGUACGAGGACUUACUAGACGCGGCCCGAGCUGAACGGGACCGAUGUAUAGAAAGGGCCGAAGAAGCAGAACGUAAACAGUUGGAAGCGGAACAGAAUCUGUCGGAAGCGGAAAAUAAAUUAUCAAAUGCUGAAAAUGCCAAAACAAAAGCGGAGAAGAARCUGGCAGAAAUGUCCAGCUGGCUAACAGACAUGGAAAUUAAUUUGGCUUCAGCAAAAAGCGAUCUCGCCAAUUUGGAUAAUCUAUUGGUACAAUCAGUAAAUCGGCAGGCAGAAACUGAGAGCAAGCUGAACGUGGCGGAACAAAAAGUGAUCGAAAUGGAAAAAAAGUUGGCUUCCUGUAUGGCAGUGCAAUCAUCUAAUAACUACCGCGAUGAGAACGAUGAAGAUAGUGAGAAUGAAGACGAUGAUAACCAGGAAGACGAGGACGGUGACGUCGAAAGUACAGCCACUGGUUGUUGUGUGGCCACCGACGAGGAUGACAUAAAUGGAGAGACUGAGCUUAAGAGCUGCUGCGUCCGUGCUGUCAAGAGGCGCGUAGCACAACUGAUUGUGUCACAUGGUCAGCGGAUGGAAGAACAGCGUGAACGGCAUGCGCGACAGAUGCGUCGACAGUUGGAAUUGUUGAUGGACCAACGUCAACAGCAGCAAMGAAAUAACCAUCAACAGAAAAAGCACGAACAACACCACCAGCAGCAGCGGAAUGAUUUAGACGAACAUCAUCAGCAAGAAGUGCAUCAACAACAGCAGCAAAAAGAGCAGCAACAGAGUCAGGAUGAGCAGAACGAGCAAUGGCAACUCCAGCAGCGAAGACGUCGACCCCGCGGGGGUGGGGUUGGUGGAGCAGAAAGAUUAGAAGUAGGCAGUGAUCGCAGACCACAACCGCAUUUGCCACCACCUCCGUGCAGUGGUGUUAGCGGAAGCAGCAAUAGCAGUCGGAGUAGCAGGCGCCGGAACAAGCACCGGCAACAGCAACAGCAACAGAACCCAAACGCAAACCCGAAUGCUCGGGGACCUCCACCACCACCCAGACCGUCCGGGAGACCUACCACAUGACAAACAGUGAACACCAUUGAAUGUUUAUUGUUUGCAUUCAUAUGAUAAUUGUUUCUAUUGCGUGGCGUGUACUUACUUUGUUUAUAAUUAUUUAUUUACGGCUGUAUUUAUUUUUAUUUAUUUAUUUAUUUGGGUCUUUUUUUA